GCGCGGUACGUGGUGCGCACGGGAAGGACUCGCGGCGUCAGCUCUGCCCCCUUCCCGGAGCGCGGGAAGCUGCGCGCCGUCACUGGAAGCAAUGAACCCUCCCGCCGCGCGCCGCUCCCAAGCUGCCCAUUGGCCCUGCUGGCUACUAGGGCGGGGCUUCAGGGAGGCUCCGUAGUGCGCAUGCUCUUCUUCAGGCCCCGUUUACUCUGGUAGGCUUAGCCAAUGAGAGGCCGUUCCUCAAGAAGAGGGUUGACUCAGCCUAGGGCUGUCAUGGCGGCCGUGAAGGAGUCCGCGCUUUUCCUGCUCCUCCUCUGCACUGCUGCGGGCCCCGCGCGGGGCUGGGACCAGCCGGGGAGGGUCUUGCUGCGGGAGGUGCAGGCGCUCACUCUCCGCAGAGGGCAGUUUACGGCGUCCCGGCGGACACCGGCCGUCCCGCAGCUGCAGUGCACGGGAGGCACUGCAGGGUGUUCCCGCGUCCCUGAGGUGGUUCAGUGUUACAACAAAGGCUGGGAUGGCUAUGAUGUACAGUGGCAGUGCAAAGCAGACUUGGAAAAUACCUACCGUUUUGGACAAAUUGAAGUAAGCUGUGAAGGCUACGAUUAUCCAGAUGAUCUGUACAUCUUAAGAGGCUCCUGUAGUUUGCUCUUCAGGCUGGAGCUGACUGAGGAAGGUGAAAGGAAAGUGAAGAACUAUGGAAGCUUUGUCUCUAGCUAUGAUCAGUUAUGGAAGGAUACUUCGGAUUCUGGUGCUGGAGCAAUUGUUAUAAUUGUUCUCCUGGUUCUUGCUUUUGGAGUGUACAAGCUCUUCCUCAGUAACCAGCAGCCUCAGCAGAGUUUUGGUGACAGUGAUGGAUUCACUAGACCGUUCUGGCAGAGCCAGCAGGCACCACCUCCUCCUGGUUUUAAGUCCAGCUUCACAGAAGGCAAUGGCUUUGGGACUUAUUCCCAUCAUGGAACCAAUUCAGGGCCAGGAUUUUGGACUGGAUUAGGAGCAGGAGGCUUGCUGGGCUACUUGGCUGGCAGUCACAGAGCACAGUCACGUUCUCCGUAUUAUGGUAUGUGGACAGAUCCCACAGCUGCACCUCCAAUGAGUGGGCACUCAAGCAAUUCCACACAAGGCAGCAGUUCAGGAACAAGAACUGCUUCUGGCUUUGGGGGCACGAAACGAAGAUGAAAUCCGUGAUGUUACUAUAUAUGAGUGAUUGAACUAAACCUUCUUGUGUGUUAGCACUUUGGGUUUUUUAGUAGUAUGCUUCAGAAGUGGAUAUGAGAAGAGGUGUGAAGGACUAGGCAAAGAAUUCCUCUCUUUCCCCAGGGAAGUGUAGACUCUUACUCUUGUUUAGGGUGUUACAGUUGCUGGAACAUCCACUAUUUUACAACAGAAGCUUCUCAUAAGAUCCAAAAUAAACUCAUCCGAGUUAAGAAGAACGAGGUUACAGUGCCUAUAUGUGUCUGUCUAUGCUUGAGGGAUUAUGGCAAUGGUAGCCUUUCUAGAUUUUCAAAGCAAGUAGCUUACUCAUGUUCUGGGCUCAGUUCCAUUUAAUCCAGAAUUUCUGAGGUUUUGUUCUUUUUUUUUCUUGGUGGUUCAGCAUCUAAAAGGCCUCGUGUGGAAUCCACCUGAUAUUUAAGGGGUGCUGCUCAUCAAAACUACUUUUGUUUGUCUGUGUAAAAUUCAUGUGAACGUUACUGUAAGUGCAAUCGGCUACUCAGAUGGAUGUUGGGGUUUUUACUUAGUGGAAAAGAACAAAACAAGAGCGAGACUAACAUUAAUAUAAUGUUUGUAUCUGUGCUAUGUGACUAUUGGAGCCAAAAUUUGCAGAUCUGAGGACGCUUUAUGUUUUAGGAUUUAUGCAAGUGGCUGUGCAAACCUGGGGGAUUUUUUGUAUAAAUUAUGAAAAAUAAAAUAACCUGAAAUGAGAUAAGGUAAUCCUUCUCUAAUUGGACCUUUUCCUGGAAGACUGAAGUCAUUUAAAUUCAGGUGGCUAUGGACACUUUGCCCUCAUAACAUCUCCAGACUUCUAUUUUAAUGGUGGAUGUUAGGAAUGCUCUGAAAACUUCUGAUGUGAAUGGUCUGUCCUGCUAGAUGACCUGUCCAGGACACAGUAAACCAAAGGUGCUCAUUGCAAAAGGGAAGGGGGCAUUCUUAAUCCAAAGCUGGUAGUAUCUCUAGAAUGUAGCAGGCCCUGGAACUAAGCAGAAAAGGAAAUUUUUAAUUUUAAAUGGGACGGGGUGUCAAUUUGGGAUUGAUAUCUAAUGGGAUGUCAACUUUCCCAGAUGUACGUUUUAAAAACAAAAUAUUGUCAAAGAGUGGGGAGCAGAGAGGCCUUGCUUUGUUUUGUGGUGAUAUUUUGGGGCUCUGAGAAGUGUCCCAUAGUUCUUGUGUGAUUUGCUGUGACCUGCGAGAGGCAUUGUUGAAAAAACAGAAAUGUCUCAGGAUUGUGGGAGAGGAGAGAGGGGAAAGUGAAAAAUGGGCUGGUUGACCACCAGCUUUUAUCCAGAGGCCGUCCUAAUACAGCUUAGAGGUGUGCGGGUGUGCACAGCUUUUCCGUGGUGUCAACAAGAAGUCAACAGAACCUACCAAAAAAAGUGUAGAACUUGAGCUGAAAAUGUGAAAAUCUUGAUAAAAUUGGUAGCUUGAGGAUAAAGUAGUUGUUUGCUUCUCAGAACCACCUGAGGAUUGGAGGGGGAAACACCUUCAUUAAUAGCCUGCUUGAUCAACCUAGAAAGCAGAGAAAUUACAAAGACUGUAACUGUUGGCCUGUUAAAAAGUCUUACCUUUUAUGAGGAAAAGCAUGUGAUAAAUCUUAUAUUUUUGACCCAACAUAGCAAAAUAAUGUAUUUUAAAUGUGGAGUUUUUACUUAUUUCGAAGUGUACUCAAGUUGAAACUUGUCAGAGUCAAUACUUUCUUUACCAACUAAUUACAUAACAAUGAAACUGGAUUUUUGCUAACUGGGUGGUUCAAAGCUGAACUUUGCUCUCAAAUUAUAAUGUGUUAAGAAAUGUUUUGAACAAUGUUUUAACUUGUAUUUAUCGUUUCUGCAUGGAAUGUGAUUUGAUGCAUAAACCUGAUGAAUUACCGUAGUUUCGGAAUCUCUUUGUAGGAUAUUUUUCCCCCUUCCCUUUGAUAAAAUAAAGAAAUAAAUGAAUAACAA